AGUGUAUUCGCUACAACCCUGAACGACCCCGCACUGCUCCAUACUCUACUCGCGCGUCAUGUCUGCCCUCCUGCGCUCGUCUGCCAACCUUCUGCGUACCUCUGUCGCUCCGCAGGCGUCCCAGGCUGCGACAAAGAGGUUCGCGAGUACCCAGAACCGCGUCUACUAUGAGCACACGUUCCCGUUCGACUAUAGCAAGCGGUCAUUCGCUCUGAAGUACGCCCUCUUCUGCACGACCGGGUUCUCUAUCCCUUUCAUUGCAGCGACCUAUCAGAUCUGGAAGUCCGGGGCUGGUGCAGCACCGCAGUAAGAUGCUAGAUGGAUUAAGUUAUUGUGAUUUGUUUCAACACUUGUACUAUAUCAUGCUGUCUCGUCCAUACUCGAUUCCUGCUCUCUUCGCCCAAGUCAGCCAAUCAGACACCCCUCCUAGCUUUUGACUAGUUGAACGACGUUGCAGGUGAAGAUUGGGCCUUGUGGGACGAGUCGUAGGGCAUCCAUCGCCAGCGCGCCUGGACUCCGGAGCGGUAUGUGAAAGAAGUGAAGCGUGUUCUGCGGUCCAGACUAGACAUGCUCGGUACACGGAGGGUCCGAAUGCAGCUGAUUGACCUCAAGCUAUGGAUUGUAGAUUGCAGUUCGUAUCGGGGAAGACGCAGGCGAGGCUCUCGGUAUGGUCAUGCUAAUAUACACGCGUAUUCGCAAUGAUAAAUACAAGACGAGUUACAACAAAACUUAUAUCAGUACAGAGCUCGAAUAAGAUGAUACAACUACGCAGAUCGACCUUCCAGAGGUCGUAUCGUACACUCGCACAGAAGCUAGAAACCCAAAGAUACAAGAUCAGACCCGAAUUAUGGAGGCAUCA